AUGCAACUCUUCCCAGAUGAUCAUCUUGCCGAGUUUCGUGACCGAUUCACAUUGGAUGAGUACGUCCGCUUACUGGGUGUAUUCGAGGUUAACAACAUGCUUGUGAGCUUUGAUCAUCCCUCGGAAGAGUUGUUCGAGGUGGCACUACGAUGCCCUCGUGGUAUGGCUCUCGCAAAGAAGGUGGACUGGCAUCGACUGCUCGAGCUGGUUCAGCGGCUGGUCCCGUAUGAUGACGAAGGUGGUCCGAGCUGUUCGCCAUUCCCAGAGGUACUUGGCUCGGGGCUCUAUCGUGGGGUGGCAGUCACUAAUCAUUCGUGUUCACCUAAUGCAGAAGCUUCAUUUGGUGGUUCGCGAUGCCUCCGAGUGAAAUCAUUGAGGCCUGUACAUGCUGGAGAGGAGGUCUUCCAAAGUUACAUCGAUGAGAAUCUCCCUUUAGUGGAACGGCAAUCUAAGCUCCGCCAGGCUUACGGCUUCGCAUGUCGCUGUGGGAAGUGCCGAACGGAGGCUCUGGCUGAGCUGAAUCGGCGCCACAAGGAUUGCUGUUAA